AUGAUUUAAUAAUAAUUGGUGUAGAAUGCUUGUAAAAUAUUAAAUCUUUUAGUUAAAGCCCAUUUUGUUAAAAUGAUUUAUAUUUAGGUCAAUUUUAAUAGACAGAAAGUUUCUAAUGGAGCCGAUGAAAAUGAUGAUAGUUUAUAUUUUUGCAUAAGGUGUGAAAGAACCGCAAUUAAUGAUAUUUAUUCUUUUACUUAGGCUUUUCAUAUAGCUCAAGCCCUUUUACAUUAAAUUGCCAGCUGGAGACUAUAAGUGCUUAUUUUUAAGUUCAUAAUUAUGCAAAGGAUAUGCUUUAUAGCUUUCAGGAAUAAGAGGUAUAAGGUGUUCUAAUCUGAAUUUAUUAGAAGACUGAAGUGUAAAAUUGAUAGCACUAAAUUUUCUAUAAUAGUAGUUAACAAUUGCCUAAAACCCUAUUUAAAAGCUCUAAUAAUUAGGGUUAUUAUGCCCUAAUAGAAUCGUAUAUAUUGUUUUGAAUACUAAGAUGAUAAAUCUUCAUUAAAAAGCACACUGUAUAAAGAUUUGAAAAGCUUUAAUAUUGAUUAAAAGAUAUAAAUUGGUUGUUCAAUUUGUGAAGAUGGCUUUAUUUUUGACUUUACAUUGGGGAAUGUUUAAGAAAAUAAUCAAAAAAUUUAAACUUAUUUAAGAUCAUUUUUCAAUUUUGAUGGAAUUGAAAUAUGUACUCUCUCAGCCGAAAAUAACUUUACUGUUGCACCUGAAAUUGUUAAUUGUGAUAAAUAUAUCUCUUUUUAUAAGGUGUUCUCACUCCUUUAUCCAAGCUACAAUGCAUAAUCUUUAGGGAAGGUUAAGUGA